UUAAACAGAAGAAGAAAAAGUGAUCACAACGGGUACACCACGUGCCGCGCCAUGGCGUAUCACAUAAAGAAACGUCUGACGGAUGCUGUGAAGAUCCUUGGUUCAGGGGCCUUCGUCUUCACCUCCUACCUCACCGUCACCGGAGAUGAGCGUUUCUAUGCCAACCAGCUCAUGCCGCUUCUGCAGAGGAUCGUGGAAGCCGAGACUGCUCAUGUGAUGGCGGUGAAGCUGUUGAGUCUGGGAGUGUCCCCGCUGAACUGGUACCAGGACCCUGCCUCUCUGGAAGUGACCGUGAUGGGCAGGAAGUUCCGGAACCCCAUUGGGAUAGCAGCGGGCUUCGACAAGCAUGGCGAGGCUGUAGACGGCUUGUUUAAAGUGGGCUUCGGCUUUGUAGAGGUGGGCACUAUCACCCCCAGACCGCAGGAGGGAAACCCAAAGCCCCGCGUGUUCAGACUACCGGCGGACCAAGCCGUCAUUAACAGGUAUGGGUUCAACAGCUGUGGUCUGCUUGAGGCUCAACAUAGGCUGAAGACUAGGGAGGCGUCCCAGCAGCAGCUUAGGAAAGCUGGCCUGCCGCUUGGCAUCAAUCUGGGGAAGAACAAACUUUCCCAGGAUGCAUCAGCGGACUUCAUGGAGGGGGUGCGGGUGAUGGGCCCCCUGGCGGACUACCUGGUGGUCAACGUGAGCAGUCCCAACACACCUGGCCUCAGAGACCUGCAGGGGAAGGCGCACCUGCACACACUGCUUCAUAAGGUGCUGAAGGAGCGAGAUGCCCUGCAGUGUGAGAGGAAACCUCCAGUGUUAGUGAAGAUCGCCCCAGACCUCUCUCCUCAAGACAUGCAAGACAUCGCCGAAGUCGUAAUAGAGCUGGGCGUGGAUGGCCUGAUGGUGUCGAACACCACCGUCUCCAGGCCCCCCAGCCUCAAGGACCCUCGCUGGUCAGAGACGGGGGGUCUCAGUGGAAGGCCUCUUCGGGAGCUCUCCACCGACACCGUCCGAGAAAUGUUCCGGCUCACUGGCGGUAAGGUGCCGAUUGUUGGGAUUGGCGGGGUGGCCAGUGGCCAGGAUGCUCUGAAUAAGAUCCGAGCUGGAGCCUCCCUGGUCCAGCUCUACACAGCCUUCACCUACCAGGGACCCCCCCUGGUCACCAGGAUCAAACGGGAGCUACAUCAGCUGCUGCAGGACCAGGGAUUCAGCUGCAUAGCCGAGGCGGUGGGAGCUGACCACCGUGGGGCGUCAGAGGCUCAGUCCCCACCAACACACGGCACCAACCAGGCACACCAGGCCCAAGAGACCCCGGUCUCAACAAUGGUACCCCUGGUACCAGCAGCCGUCUCUACCAGCUCCGCAGGCGAAGUGAACCAGGGCGCUGCAGCAAGGCCAAACCAAGGAGAGGCUUUCCGUACCGUCUGACAGACAGGGAAGUAGUCAGACUGACCCUUGACAGCCAGCUGGAGAACGCCUGGUGGGUGUUGAAGGCUUCUGAACCACAUGCUAAAAAAAUACACCGUCCGUUUUGUUUUCUGUGGUGAUUUUUUUUUUUUCUAAUUAUUUUUUCUAGUUCAUGAAAUACAGGUCCUUUCAUUAUUCUGGGGUCCACAGACCAGCUGUCUGUGUAAGGCUUUAGUGUAACUAUGGCUUGAUAAAGUGAUCCUUGGGUGUCUUAUGGAUUUAGUUGUAGAUGGGUUUUCACGAUGCAAUACUACGUACCAUUUGAGAAUGAAUACAAAUGAAUGGCCUAACAUAAUGUUCGGGAUGAAACAGUAAUUCCUCCAUAUAGUUGAUCACAAAAUAAAUAAAGUAUGAAUCAGA